UGGUGGCGGGUGGGGUCUGGCCUCAUCAGCACUCUCUUGCGCUUCGGUCCACCCUGCAGCACCCGGGAGUCGUAGAGCGGCCAACUGGCUGCAUCAUGGUGACCCCCUGCCCCACCAGCCCCGCGAGCCCCGCCACCCGGGCUGGGAGGCGUGACAACCAGAACCUCCGUGCCCCGGUGAAGAAGAGUAGGCGACCACGCCUCCGGAGGAAGCAGCCUCUACAGGCGCUGAACCCGUGCCUGCUCCCGGGAGACUCCGGUGUUUGCGAUCUGUUCGAGUCCCCGAGCUCCGGCUCGGAUGCCGCAGACAGCCCCGCGCCGUCCACGGCGCCACGCUGCAACUCCUUACCUGGUCCUGCCCAGCAGCUGGUGCAGCUAGAUCUACAGACCUUCCGCGACUACGGUCAGACCUGCUACGCUUUCCUCAAGGCACGGGAGAACCACUUCCACCCGCGGGAGUCGCUGGCGCGGCAGCCACAAGUGACGGCGGAAUCCCGCUGUAAGCUGCUCAGCUGGCUGAUUCCCGUACACCGCCAGUUCGGCCUCUCCUUCGAGUCUCUGUGUCUGACGGUGAACACUCUGGACCGCUUCCUUAUUACCACGCCUGUGGCUGCAGACUGCUUCCAGCUGCUCGGCGUCACGUCCCUCCUCAUUGCUUGCAAACAGGUGGAGGUGCACCCGCCGCGCGUGAAGCAGCUCCUGGCCCUGUGCUGUGGUGCCUUCUCCCGGCAGCAGCUCUGCAACCUUGAGUGCAUCGUGCUGCACAAACUGCACUUCAGCCUGGGCGCACCGACCAUCAGCUUCUUCCUGGAGCAUUUCACGCACGCACGCGUGGAGGCCGGGCAGGCCGAGGCCUCCGAAGCCCUGGAGGCGCAAGCCCUGGCACGCGGGGUGGCGGAGCUGAGCCUGGCUGACUACUCUUUCACCAGCUACACUCCCUCACUGCUGGCCAUCUGUUGCCUGGCGCUGGCCGACCGUAUGCUGCAGCUCCCGCACCCGCUGGACUUGGGCCUGGGUGGGCACCCUGAGGCGGCAUUGCAGGACUGCCUGGACAAGCUGCAGCUACUGGUGGCCAUAAACGGAACCUCCCUGACUCACAUGCUGCCCCGCCAGAUCUGUGAGAAGUGCAGAUUGGCCCUGAGUUUGAAAUAAAGUAGAUCCUUGGUCUCCUUUAUAUCCCCUGGCCUGGCAGCUAGACCUCUCCACUGCUUUGUAAGAGUGCAAUACUGGCCCACAGAGAAGGGGUCAGGGCUCCCGCCCUGUCAUCAAGUCAUCCUGCAGGUUGUAAAUAGUGUCUCUAUUUAUUUUGCUGAAAGCACGCAAGAUAAGAGCUAUCUUUACCCCUCAAAACAGGCUGACUGUCGUGGUUCGUGUGAAUGCUGCUAUUGUGAGCAUUUGUCCGAGGAGAGGGAAGGUGAAGCCAAGAGAGUCCAGAAAUAGAGGCGGUCACUUGCUAUCCAGGGGUCCUUCCUCCCUCAGGGCAUCUAUCUUUGAGAACACCAGGUCCAGAGAGGUUCCUGUAGCCCAAGGUUCCAGUUAUGAGCCAAGUCAGGAUCACUUGUUGGCCUGUAGCCCAUUAACCUCUUGUUAGGAGGCUGAGGACUGCUCAUUCCUAGAAUUUUAAAGGGCAAAGUGGGGUGUGAGGCCCUUGCUGUCUAGAGGGGCCUGGGGGCACAUGCAGAUGAUGCCAGGCUAGGAAGCUGUGGCCCUCUAGCUAUGGCAAGCAAGAGCUAUGCCCACAACUGCCAGAUGCAGAAAAUUCGGAAGGUCUUGCAGGCAGUUAUGGCCAUUGCAAAUUGACUCCAUUUAUCCUACAAUCACAUGGUUGAACAGUUCUCACUUGUCUUAACGCCAGCUAUGUGUGAGCCCACAGUACCAGUAGUAAACGUGGCUGUCGUUGAGUGGUUAUCUGUACCAGGCACUGUGUCCAGCACUCCUUAUUUCAAUCCUUCAACAAUUUUAUGAGGCAGAGUCUACUAGCCCAUUUUUAAGAGAAGGGCACUGGGUCACAGAGAAGUUAAACAACAGUGGAGCAGUCAGGAUUUGAAGGCAGGUGAUCUGAAUCCAGAGUCCCACCCUUUGCCACAAUGCUUAAUUUCCCCCUCUUACAGAUUUCUGGAAAUGCUCAAAAACCUACCCGAGGUAGGUGUGGUGAUUACAAAGUGCCAUCCAUUCAGCAGGGACAAUAGAGAACAUAUUUGGAGAGCCAGUAAAGUCUCCACCUCCAGUCAUGUUACAGGAGUCAUUUUACAGAUGGGAGAAAUGAGUCAAGAAAUGGGGAAAAAAAAAAAAAAAGACAUGGGACAGAGGCAUGCUGGAGUUCUGUGACUCCACAGCUGUCCCAUCUUUAUUCUCAUUGUUGUGGAUCUGCUGUAGGCCCUGAAUCUGUCACUUCCAGCAAUUUU